UGGAGGGACGCUGCCGUGCUCGGCCUGAGAGACUCUGUCAACAUUAACGAGUGCACCAGCUUCAUUCAGGCCGGAUUUGAUGCCUACGCGGGAAGUCAAGAUCGUCAAGUCACUUCAGAGCUGAGACCAAGCCGGGAUACACACACUGUUUCUUCUUCCAGUGCUGCUGAUGUCGAAGUAUAAACUGUUCCUGCUGAGGCAUGGAGAGGGAGCCUGGAACAAGGAGAACCGCUUCUGCAGCUGGGUGGACCAGAAGCUGAGCGAGGAUGGGGUGAAGGAGGCGCAGGAGUGUGGCCGCCUCCUGAAGGAGCAGGGCUACGAGUUCGACUUGGUGUUCACCUCCAUACUGAGCCGAUCCAUCCAGACAGCAUGGCUGGUGCUCGAAGCUAUGGGCCUGGAGUGGGUGCCUGUGGUGAAGUCCUGGAGGCUAAAUGAACGUCAUUAUGGAGCCCUGAUCGGGCUGAACCGGGCAGAGAUGGCUCAACAACACGGGGAGGAGAAGGUGAAGUUGUGGAGAAGGAGCUACGACGUCACUCCACCAGUUAUUGACGAAUCCCACCCUUACUUCCUGGAGAUUUACAAUGACCGCAGAUACGCCACCUGUGACGUGCCAAUAGAGAGCCUCCCUCGAGCUGAAAGCCUGAAGGAGGUGUUGGACAGGUUGCUGCCAUACUGGAACAGUACUGUGGUCCCAGAGAUAAGGAAAGGCAGGACUGUGCUCAUUUCUGCUCAUGGAAACAGCUGCAGGGCUCUACUGAAAUACCUGGAAGGUAUAUCCGAUGAGGAAAUUGCCACUGUGACGUUACCUACAGGAGUGCCGGUGCUGCUCGAGCUGGAUGAAAACCUCCGGCCAGUGAAACCUCGACAGCUGCUGGGAGAUCAGGCAAAGAUUCAGGCGGCCAUUAAAAAGGUGGAGGAUCAGGGAAAAGCCAAACCUUCAACUUGAAUACAGAUACGUCACUUUAAAACCUAACGUACCAGGUGUGAUCAAAAAGUUUCAAGCAAAAAAUCAGAUUUAUCUUUGAAUGCAAUCCCCUCAAAGUCGUCACGAUUGUGCAACAAUCUAUAGAUACCAGUUAUGCUUGAAAUGCUGCCUGGAAGUGUCAUUCCUCGAGCGUGUGGAGGUCAUACACAACUCGACCUUCUGCUUGGGAAAGAGGAUGAAGUCACAGUGAGAUGAGUUUAGCAAGUCUGGUGAUGAUGAGACAAAAACACUUGAGCUAAACCAAUAUGGUUGCUAGAUAAUUGUGAGAGUGGAUUACCACAGUGAACAUUAACCUGACUGAUGACUCUGUGUUUCCAGUCUGAUUCACAAUAUGCAGCCUUUUAUAUGGCAUAGAGAAAGAUGGGCAUGCGUCAGGUCAUACUCCUGAGCUGCCUCUAUUUGCUGGAGUUGAUGAUAGCUCAGUUCUCCAAGACCGUGAAGGAUCAAGGAACCAGUGCUGCACCAAAUGUUCUGCAUGUGGCUAAAAAGAGUUGUGAAAUGUGUCCUGAUGUAGACGACUCACCACUGAGUGUCAGUUCUUGUCAGAGGCAGCCAAGAAACUUAUUGAUCGCACCUUGCAGCUCUGUUCUUGUUCUGUGUGCCCUUGUUUAACACGCAGGGCUCAAACUCAAUAUUCUGCAGACAUGAAUAACUUACAAAGCGUCAAACUGUAACAACAACAGGUCAAGUCUCUGUAGGUGUAAUAAGGAGCUGACCGGGGCACAGAAUGUGUGCAUUUCAGGUCAGACUGGUCCUGCUAAAGCAGGAGAAGCGUGUACUGUAUUAGCACUGUGCUGAGUUUUGUUUUGUGUAAGCUCUGAGGAAGUAACUUGUGUCUUACUCCUGCCUGUAUUGUCACUUGGUGGCUUAUUAUUUUGUCUACUCACUGACUUUUUUUUUUUUAACCAGCAAAGAUAGUUUUGUGGUAUCUGAUCAAGCUUUAGAAACAGUCCCUCUCCUGAUGUGCCUUCAGUCCCACUCAUCUCCUGUGUUUCAGAACAAACGGACUCCAGUAACAUAUUUUACCUCAGUAAAAACUGACCGCUGGACUCUUCAUUCCAGAAAUAGUGAAUUGUGAGCUAUAGAAAUGCUGUAAAUAUGCAAAAUGGCUGGAUUAGGUACAUGUUAGCCAUGCUCUUUAACAGAAUACUCAGUGAGUAAAACAGCUUGAUCUGUUUCUCUUUGUGGGUUACACAGCACAUUACAGUGACACAGAAUAAGGCUGAGUGGAAAACACUGCGGCUGACAGCGAUCGGCAUGCUGGGAUGAUAACUGCUUUAAGCUUUGCACUUUUUGAGGGAACUUUUUCAGGUUUUUUUUUUUCUUCUAAACAUCCCCAUAGUUAAAUAAAAGGAAACUGUGAAAGACAAUAUCCUAAUAUUCUAUAUUGAUAAUAUUUAACACCUAAAUGUCAAAUACAAGGACUAUUUUGGAUUUUUUUUUUUUUAUUAAUAUACAUGCUGCAUUUGAUGUUGCUUAUAAGAUGUCAGUGUUACAGGAUGGAAAUGUUACAAAGUGUCUGAAUAUGCAUUAACUAUUUAACUUGCCAUUUGUUGUUUGUUACAAGUGUCUUUGUAAAUGUGAAUUACUGUGCAUUGUAUCUUCUGGGUCUAUUGUGUUUCAGCACCAUUUUAGUCUUGUACACUGGUUUAUUAGGUCAGUCAGGGAAAGGAGUGUGUUAACAUGCAUUUAGGCAGAUAAGUGUUAGAAAAAUAAGAAUUACAUGUGCAAUUUUUUUCCCCCCAACUGUUCUCACAUUUCAUUUUUGGAGUGCAUGAUGAAA